UCCGCAUUAUGUAAAGCGCGCGCGCACACAGCGCCAUGCUUUAGAGUGGAAAAAAUGCAGUACACCAAGCGGGAUUACCCUUUUCACUACACACAUUUAUAUAUUAUAAACCAGGAACUAAGUCGUUAGUUCGACUUCCUUUUGAAGCCGGUAAAGGUGCCCAGGGACUCGCGAGCGCACACGGAUUUGAGUGCGGAGGGAUCCGGCAAAUUACAGCUGUGCCUACACUGGCGAUGCGGUCCGAGCCCUCCAAUGAGCGUUGAGCCUGCGGGAAUUGUAGUCCACAGGGCUAGCUCCUUCCUGUGCAUCAACUAAUAAGCGUAUGACGAUUGACUACAUUUCCCUACUUUUCUUGCGCUUCUCCUGCCACAGAAAGCUGCUUUAUAACGAAGUUGUUUUCGUGCAGCUUCUGUUCUGGAUCUGCUGCCUGACAGGAACGGGAAUCAGGUAUCGGUUGCCAGGGAGAUUUUCUGAACAUUAAUUGUGUUUCCCCCUCCAAAUUGUUCCUUAACAGGGAGCUUGAGUAGUUGUUGCCGAAAGCGGGUCGACAAAGGAAGUGUUAAACGUACAGAGAUAUUUCAUGUGCUGUAUUUAUCUCUGUGUUUCGGUACAGGGAUGCGCCUCAGCUGAGUGUGGCAGCCAGUGAGAACGCAGUUAAAACACAGAGAAGGCAGUUGACGCUUCUAUGGUCCUGAGGAACCAUGAAGGAUCUGGACCUGGGAAAGGAUUACCUGGCUGGGGGCCCCGGAUACCGCACCGUACCCACUGUUGAUGCUCCGCAGGGCCCGGAUGCUGACCCGUAUCCGCUCUCCAAGGUGCAGGAUGCCCUGGAGACGGCUGCACGGGCGGAGGGGGGUCUGCCCCUUGAUGGCGGGUGUCCUCCUCACCUGAAGGAGGAUGAGGAGGGUGGGCGCAGCAAGUACCACCACAGCAUGAGCGUGCUGAAGCCAUUCCGCUCCACCAGCAAGCACUUGCACCCGGUGGACAAUGCCGGCCUUUUCUCCUUUAUGACGUUCAGCUGGAUGACCCCCCUGGUUGUGCGAGCCUACCGUCAAGGGCAGCUCUUCCUGGAGGACAUCUGGGAUGUGUCGCGGUGGGAGAGCAGCGAGGUCAACAGGAACAGGCUGGCAGGGCUGUGGGAGGCUGAGUGCAGGGCCCAGGGGCAUCAGGCCUCCUUGCACCAUGUGGUCUGGGCCUUCUGCCGCACUCGACUGCUGCUCUCCAUCGUGUGCCUCAUGGUGACCCAGCUGGCUGGCUUCAGCGGUCCAGCCUUCGUAGUGAAGCGGCUGCUGGAGUACACCCAACGGGUGCAGCCUGAUCUGCCCUAUGGCCUGCUCCUCGUUCUGGGGCUGCUGGCCACCGAACUGGUUCGGUCUUGGUCCUUAGCCCUCACCUGGGCCCUGAACUAUCGAACCGGAACACGUCUGCGAGGUGCAAUCCUCACCAUGGCCUUCCACAAAAUCCUACGGCUCCGCAGCAUUCGGGACAAGUCUGUGGGGGAGCUGAUCAACAUGUGCUCCAGUGAUGGUCAGCGGAUGUUUGAAGCGGCCGCAGUGGGUAGUUUACUGGCCGGAGGGCCCCUCAUCGCUGUGCUGGGGAUGGUCUAUAACUUGGCCAUCCUGGGGCCUACCUCCCUCCUGGGCUCAGCAGUCUUCAUUCUCUUCUAUCCAGCCAUGAUGUUCAGCUCCAGGCUGACAGCCUAUUUCAGGAGGAAGGGCGUGGCUGUAACCGAUCGGCGUGUGCAGAAGAUGAACGAGAUUCUGAACUAUGUAAAGUUCAUUAAGAUGUAUGCCUGGGUGAAGCCCUUCUCCCAGGAUGUGCGCAGGAUCCGUGAGGAGGAGCGUUUGAUCUUGGCGCGGACGGGGUACUUCCAGAGUGUCACUGUCGGUGUGGCUCCUAUUGUGGUGGUGAUUGCCAGUGUGGCCACUUUCUCUGCCCACAUGCUUCUUGGGUUUGACCUCACUGCUGCCCAGGCAUUCACUGUGGUAACUGUCUUUAAUGCCAUGACAUUUGCCCUCAAAGUCACGCCUUUCUCUGUCAAGUCAUUGUCUGAGGCAUCUGUGGCUAUGGAGAGAUUCAAGAGUCUGCUCCUGAUGCCUGAAGUGGAGACGAUCAGGGCACGGCCACAAUGCCCCGGCGUGGCAGUGGAGCUCAGUGGUGCCAGUUUUGCUUGGGAGACAGGUGGCCACAGCGCCCAGCCCACUCCCCGUGGCACGCCUUCAGUGGGUGUGGCCCAAAGGCGCGGCCACAAGAAAGUGCAGGAAGGCCUUGGCCGGAGUGAGGUGUUGGGAGAGCAGAGCGGACAGCUGCUGGCAGAAGGAGAGAUGCCCCUUGGCCCCGGGGAUGAAAGCACACCUAUCCCCACUGUGAGCCAGCGCUUACAGAGGACCCUGCACUGCAUCGAUCUCACUGUCCCAGAGGGUAAGCUGUUGGGCAUCUGUGGCAGUGUGGGCAGUGGAAAAACCUCCCUGAUCUCCGCCAUUCUGGGCCAGAUGACCCUACUGGAGGGUCGGGUGGCUGUCAGUGGAGACUUUGCUUAUGUGGCUCAGCAGGCCUGGAUCCUCAACUCAACCCUCAGAGACAAUAUCCUGUUUGGGAAAGAGUAUGAGGAGGAAAGGUACCACAUGGUUUUGAGUACCUGCUGCCUGCGACCUGACUUGGCCAUCCUGCCCAACGGUGACCUGACUGAGAUUGGAGAGCGUGGUGCCAACCUCAGCGGUGGCCAGCGGCAGCGGAUCAGCUUGGCACGUGCCCUCUACAGCAACCGGGCCAUCUAUAUCCUGGACGAUCCACUCAGUGCCCUGGAUGCCCAUGUGGGCAACCACAUCUUUAACAAUGUCAUCAAAAAGCAGCUGCGCCAGAAGACCACCCUCUUUGUGACACAUCAGUUACAGUACCUGGUGGACUGUGAUGAGAUCAUCUUUAUGAGGGACGGCAGCAUUGUGGAGCAAGGCAAUCACGAGAGUCUGAUGAACCUCAACGGAGACUACGCUGCCAUGUUUAACAACCUGCAGCUUGGCGAGGCUCCCUGCAUUGAGGUGACAAAGAAGAACUCUGGGAACUCCUUGAAGAAACCUGUAGAAGCCAAAGCUGGAUCUGUAAAGAAGGAAAAGCCUGCUAACAAGAAUAAUGCAGAUCAGCUGAUGCAGGUGGAGGAGCGAGGGCGUGGCUCCGUGCCCUGGGAGGUGUACAGGGUCUACAUCCAGGCUUCAGGGGGCCCCCUGUUGGCCCUGCUCAUCCUGACACUCUUUGUGCUCAAUGUGGGAAGCACUGCCUUUAGCAACUGGUGGCUCAGUUAUUGGAUUAAGCAAGGCAGCGGGAACACAACCGUGUGGCUUGGCAACAAUUCUGUGGUGAGCAGCAGUAUGCGGGACCACCCAAAGAUGCACUAUUAUGCUGCCAUCUACAGUCUCUCCAUGGGCGUCAUGUUGUUGUUCAAGCUGGUGCGCGGGAUUGCUUUUGUCAAGUGGACACUUCGAGCUUCAUCCCGCCUCCAUGAGGAGCUCUUCCGCAAGAUUCUUCGCAGCCCUAUGAAGUUUUUUGACACAACACCGACUGCUCGUAUUCUGAAUCGAUUCUCCAAAGACAUGGAUGAAGUGGAUACCCGGCUGCCUUUCCAAGCCGAGAUGUUCAUCCAGAAUGUGAUCCUCGUCUUCUUCUGCCUCGGAGUCAUUGGCUGCGUGUUCCCCUGGUUCCUGGUGGCCGUGGGACCCCUGGUUCUGCUCUUCACUCUUCUGCACAUCGUCUCGCGCAUCUUCAUCCGUGAACUGAAGCGGCUGGACAAUGUGACACAGUCGCCCUUCCUGUCACACAUCACCUCGAGCAUCCAGGGCCUCACGUCCUUGCACGCCUACGGCAAAGGGGAUGAGUUCCUGGUCAGGUAUCAGGAGCUGUUGGACCAGAACCAGGCCCCCUUCUACCUGUUCAGCUGUGCAAUGCGCUGGCUGGCCAUCCGCCUCGAUGUCAUUAGUGUUGCGCUCAUAAGCAUCACGGCACUAAUGAUUGUGCUCAUGCAUGGCAAGAUUCCCCCAGCCUAUGCUGGACUUGCCAUCUCCUAUGCCGUGCAGCUCACCGGAUUGUUUCAGUUCACUGUGCGACUGGCGUCGGAGACCGAGGCCCGCUUCACAUCUGUGGAGAGAAUUCACCACUACAUCCAGUCCCUGGCUCUGGAGGCUCCGGCUAGGAUCAAAAACAAGGCCCCCUCAGCAGACUGGCCCCAGGAGGGAGAGAUUGUGUUCCAGGAGACGGAAAUGAGGUACCGAGAGAAUCUGCCACUGGUUUUGAAGAAGCUGUCAUGUACCAUCCGGCCCAAGGAGAAAGUCGGCAUUGUGGGCCGCACCGGAUCAGGGAAGUCCUCUCUUGGUGUGGUGCUUUUCCGUUUGGUGGAGCCCUGCGGCGGCACAAUCAAGAUUGAUGGAGUCAACAUUUGUGACAUUGGCCUGGCAGACCUGCGGAGUAAGCUGUCCAUCAUUCCUCAGGAGCCAGUGCUCUUCAGCGGAACCGUCAGGUCCAACUUGGACCCCUUCAGUCAGUAUAGCGAGGGGCAGAUAUGGGAUGCCUUGGAGAGAACGCACAUGAAGGAAUGCGUGUCCCAGUUACCUCUCAAGCUGGAGUCCGAAGUGGUGGAGAAUGGAGAAAACUUCUCUGUAGGAGAAAGACAGCUGCUCUGUGUGGCCCGAGCUUUGCUGAGACAGUGCAAGGUACUGAUCCUGGAUGAGGCCACUGCUGCCAUGGAUGCAGAGACAGACCUGCUCAUUCAGGAGACGAUCCGCAACGCCUUCCAGGACUGCACCACCUUGACGAUCGCACAUCGGCUGCACACGGUGCUCAGCUGUGACCGCAUCAUGGUGCUUAAUCAGGGACAGGUGGUGGAGUUCGAUGAGCCGUCUAAGCUGCUGGCCAAUGAGAACUCGCGGUUCUGUGCCAUGUUGGCAGCGGUGGAAAACAAGAUCUCCGUGAGAGGCUAAAGCGAAGGGCAGAGUGUGGUGGAGGAGAGCCCAGGGGCUGCAACAGCUUCCUCUCACCUGUCCUGGCCACAGCUCUGCCUGCACACCUGUGGUUGACAGUGCUGCCUCCACUAGGCUGAUGCGCUGAGCUCUGUGAUGACACAGUCUUGAGUGUGCCAUGGGGCUGUCCUCAGAGAAGCCUGCUCAGAAUGGUCAGGGACCUCCUGAUAGUGCAACAACCUGGACUAAUACUAUACAGCUUUAAAUGUUUAGCUAUAAUCAUUUGAGAAGAAUAUGUAAAAUAUAUUUACAGUGGACAGGAAGUAUGCCGAGCUUAUUUUGUACUGACUUUGUUUGUACCUCCUUGUAUGAUGUGUUCUGUAUUUUCACAUACGUGUUGUUAUUGUACUGUGAGCUCCGGCUGAUUAAUAACUCGAUGGCUCUCGGAGCUCUGUGAUGCCGUUGUCAUGUGACUUGAACCCUGAACCCCAGCUGGUGUGACUUAUGUGCGCAGCGGGGACUCGUACUGUAGUGUUUGUGUUUGCUGUGCGCUCUGAGAGGAGCGGCCUCCCUCGGAGCGCAGAGUUUAGCCCUCCAGAAGGCCCUGUGGGCCUGCAGCCUGGUUCCUGUGACUUUCCAUUUGCGGCAUCAUCUGUUGAAAGGUGGCGCCGUUGCUCUUGUGAGGCCCCUGCACUGAGAGCGGAGCUGCAGUUGCUCUAGGGCUCCCUCUGCUGGAUGGGGUCUCAGUGACUGUGUUAGCUGUGUAUUUGGGGAGGGGGUGGGGGCGACAGCCACUGCACCAUUAUUGAAACACAGCGACCCUUCCUUCCCAGGAAGGAGCGUGUGCAGCUGUGCUUCAGGAUGAGAACGGCACGGACCUGGACGCGGGUCCCAGGGGCCGGGCCCACGCUGCUCCUGCAAGGGGCCAUGCAGAAUGUCUCCAUUUCUGUUCAUUUUUAUAGCCUUAGCAUGACUGCAUCAUUGCCUUGUAACGGGGAGGGGGGUUGGGGGGGGUUUCUUAGAAAGAUGUUAAUAAAAACUAUUUUAGGCUUUU